GCAGUUUGGUUAUGUGCUCAGGAAGCCUGGCCUGAAGCAUGUUUCUGCUGUUUCCACUCUGCUUUGGACAGGGCUUAGGCAUUAUGGAGCAUCUCGGAGAUUAGAGCAUGGGAAAAAAUGCAGUGAAUUUCCUCUCAUUGUAACAAAUAAGUUUAUUUGCAUUCUGUUCUACUGCAUUUGCUUUGAGAAUGCCAGCAUUUUUUUCUUCUCUUAAAGUGCUAUACUAAGCAUAAAUGCAAUUUGAAGAGAAAUCCAGAGGCUGGAGCGACUUAAACUUAAUUCGAUCAAUUAUUUGAUGUCACUGUACUGUGUGAACUGCUGUGGCAGUACGUAGUGCUUUUGCUUACGUUUAAGUAGAGGAGAUAGGCUGGGCUGGGGACAGUCUUUUCAGAUGUUCAACCCUGCGCAGGCUUCCUAUUCCUUUUGCUGUUAUAGCAUGUCAUAAAUCAGAGAAUUUCCAAAGCGUGUAUGGUCUUGGAUUUGAACAAGCCUAGAAAUCAGUAUAAACUUUGCAUUUGAGUAAGAAGCAAUAAUGCAACGAAGACAGGGAAGAGUCAAUGCUGGACUGCUUUUGCUGCUUUAUCAAAUUUCUCAAGUUGGACUUCAGAACAUUCCUGCUGUUACCCUUGCAGUGCUUGUACUGAAUAUUUUUUUCUUUCUGAAUCCCGUGAGACCACUGCAUGAAGUAUGUAUCAGUGUAAACGAAGGCUUCUACAGGCAGAACUGGCAGCGUUUACUGCUUUCUCCUGUCCACCAUGCAGACGAUUGGCAUUUGUAUUACAACAUGAUUUCCAUGCUCUGGAAGGGGAUAAUGUUGGAAAGAAAGCUUAAGAGUGUGUGGUUUGCUUAUAUAAUUGCAGUGUUUUCAGUGCUGGUUGGAGUUGUUUAUAUGGCGCUGGAAUUCAUGCUUGUGAAAAUUCUGAAUGAUCCUUCAUAUGAAAUGAAUUGUGCCGUAGGUUUUUCAGGAGUCUUGUUUGCUUUGAAAGUUCUUAACAACCAUUACAAUCCAGGAAGAGUCAGCAGUGUCCUUGGAUUGCAGAUAUCCAGCAAAUACGCCUGUUGGGUGGAGCUGGUGGCUAUUCAUUUAAUUUCCCCCGGGACUUCUUUCGCCGGGCAUCUGGCAGGGAUUCUUGUUGGGCUGAUGUACACCAUGGGACCUCUGAAAAAGAUCAUGAAAGCCUGUGCAGGUGGUUUUACUUCAUUCGCUGGUCCUGGCAGGCCAAGGGACUACUACUACUCAGGUUAUUCAGAUUAUUCUUACAGAUAUCCAGAUUAUCAGUACACAGCACCAAGGAACUACUAUGACUAUACAGGUGGGCUUACAGAGGAAGAACAGCUUGAAAGGGCAGUGCUAAAUAGCCUCAAUGAAAGAGAUUUUGGUGGAGCAACAUACCAUAAUGAGCGGCGACCCUAUGGUUUUUGGUUUCCACCUGAGCAGAAUUCAGAAGAGGAAGUAAGAAGGCAAAGACUUCGUAGGUUUGACAGAAGAUGAAGUUGGCAGGCUGUUGACAGAAGAUGAAGUUGUUGAUGUAAAUUGUAAAGUGCUAUUCAGAGUUAAAAUAUUUGCAGAUUUAUUCUUUUAUUUUUACUAUUUGUUGCAAAACUGCAGAAGAUUUUGUGAGUUCAGGCUCCAAAUUUGAACUUGCAUAAAAAAUGAAUUGGGAAUCAAAACGUGAUCUUUGCCAGUCUCCAUUUUGAUGUAUGUUAAAUCUGGAAGAAGACUGAUGGUUUCACCAACCUUUUUCCCUUCAAAGUUCUUAUUUGUAGCUUCAAGAAUGCAUUGACUUUUUGGCUGGUGGUAUUCUCAGACAACAGGCUUUCUUCAUCCGUCACAGAAAAGAAUAAUACUUUUGAAAUGUAAUUUUAAAGCUAUGCAAUUCUUUCCUACGUAUUUCCCAUUUUCCUAUGAUGAGUGACUCCUGGGAUUGGCACGUGGAUUGUCACUUGAAAAGCCUGAUGACAGCAGUUAGACCGUAAGAGUUGGGCUUAAGCUUUUCCGCAGUUUUGCAAACUGUGGGGAAAAUAGUUGGAGCUAUUGCCAUCCUAAGGAGUUACGCCAUAGAACCUGUAGUGUUGCAGCCUGCCUUAAAAUGUGCCAUGUGGUGUAGAGCGUGCGUGUGAUCGAACUGAGCUCUAACUCCUUAUUCCCUAGAACCAAUCCUAAUGUUUACAUUUUUAAUUAAAAAAAUAAAAAAUAAAACUUGCCUUUACAGAGUUGAAAUAACUUGUUGUUAGGAGCUUUAUGGAAAGGAAGGUGGAUAUGCCAUGAAAAUGUAUUUAUUUGCUAACUUACUGCUUUGGAAAUAACUCUUUUUCCUUUUUAAGAAGGCUUAGAAGUUGUAUGAUGUGUAUGCUGUUUGUGGAGCUAUAGAAAUUCUACUGCUUCUCUGCACGUAUCUCAUCUGAGGUCCGGUCCCCAUGCUGUUUGCAGACAUGAGAGCAUUUCUUGACCCAGCUCCAGAGUAGCUGGCAGCACACCAGGGAGCUCGGCCGUCACUUUGGACGGGACCCCUGUUUGCUGCUUGGCGCACAGUGCCUGUCCUGCUUGUGGCACAUCCUGCUCGAGGAUGUAAGUUAGCAAACCUGCAGGUUUUUUGAGUAUCUAACAUUCAGAAAAAGUACUCAUUGCCUAGAUGUUUUUUUACCUUGUAGUGGAAGAAAUUUGUAUGAAUCUGGGAACACUCCUGGAACCCUUUUCAGUCCUGAAGAGAUGUGCUUGCACAGGAACGAUCCCAUCAUUGUCUUGAGGCACACAAUUCUUUGAAUCUCACUCCUUUAGUAAAGUGUUAGGAUGAGCGAUUUAAUGGUUUCUUUUCAGGUAUCUGUGAUCACCAGUCUGUGCUUGGUGAAGUCUACCUCUCUGUGGAGUUAGUGUAAAGCAGUGUUGUAUUUUUCAUACAGAAAAGAAAAAUCCUGAAACUAAAUUUGUGAUUAUGUUGUUUAAGUAGGGUACACCUUCAGGUUUUAAUUAAUGUAUGUAGGGGAAGCUUUUGUUAGCUGAAAAAUGCAAAACCUGUUCUCCACCUGUGCCAGUCUCACUUUCACCAUCUAUCUUACUUAUACCUACUGCUGAUUGUAUGCCAAGAAGCAGCAGCACAAAAAAUAUUGUUAGGUCGGGUACGUUCAAGGCUCGGAGAGACAACAGACGUGGCUGCAGUGCGACUUUGGAUGUCCUUGUUAAGGUGAUGCUAAAACACUGAUGUUAUGCGUGGGGUUCUCUGGCAGAUUCUAAGUCAGUAGAUAAGUGAUGGCAGACUUCUGUAUUCUUGGUUUUGGUUGGUUUUCAAUAUGUGUGUGUCUUGUUAUUCUGUGGCUACUGAAUGUCCUGAAAAAACCAGCAGAUACAUGUACCUUACCGCAGACUGACUUUUCUAUGCCUUCUAAAAUUAAGUAUCAAAAAAAAUGUGUAGAGUUCGCAUAUUUUGCUCAGGGUGCAGUAAUUGUGUGUGAAGAAGGGUGUAGCAUCGUUUUCCCAAACUGAACUUAAUGCUCUGGUCAAGUUUGUGUAACUGAAGUAACACUUUAGCAGACAAGAAAUUAUUUUAAAACACUGGAUUUCACUAGUCAGUUGAAAGGGGGAGGGGAAGUAAAAUCAGGAACGUGAUUACAAAUUUAAAAGCACUUGCAUGGUUUUGUAAAGGAAGGAUAAAUACCAACCACAGGAGGAGUACCACGGGAAGUUCCUUGUACUCAUGUUAAUAAAAAUGCGAGCUCUUGUUAGUGUGUCUCAUACGAAGGAUCUGGUUUGGUCCCCCUCUUGUUCUUGUUUUGUCAAGCACUUGCAAUUAAAUGCCUAUAAAAACUGUCAUACUAAUAGUUGUUUUCACUUUUUCAUAUAAAAAAUUGAAAUAAAUUUUUGUACAUUU